AGUCAGGGGUUGAGACCUUCGGAAAUCACAGGAGGAAAGCCUCUGGGGCGUAUCUAGUCAGAUUUAGACUGGUGGAGUGAGGCAUUGAAGGUGUGGAACUGAAAGUAGUUCUCACAAGGGCCCUAGAACAGCAGCAUCAGCGUCACCUGGGAGCUGUCAGAAAUGCAGGUGGUUCGGUCCCCAGGACCACUGAAUCCUAAAUGCUGGGGACGGACCUCACAAUCUAUUUUACCAUGCCCUCUGGGGGAUUCUAGCCUGGGUACCAGGAAUAAGCAAGUUCACCUCUGAGCUGAAGGUCUGACCUUCACAGGCUUGCAUCUUCCAGAACAGGACCGUUUCCAAUACAUUCUGCCAUCUUAGCUGACUUUCAGGUUAGGGAGAUGGUAUCUGUCUAUUCAAAGUGUGGUCCGGGGCACCUGUCUCUCUGGAGUUUGUGAGAAAUGUGGACUCUGGGCUCCACCCCAGGUGGGACGAAUCAGCAUCUACAUUUUAACAAGAUCCUCAGGUGAUUCACGGGCUCGUUCAUUUGGGGAGCAUCUUGGUGAAGCUCCUGCUGAGGGCCUGGGCCUUUCCAUGCCUGUGUCUACAGCCCACGAGAGGAAGGCAUAUAGACCCCCUUUUGCAGAUGGGAAACUAGGCUUGGCGCCCCUAGCAGGUGACAGGUGCCAAGCUUCAGACUCCUUCCACGCCCCCUCCCUUAGGCCAGGGGUGAGGGGCCUGUGAGACAUCCUGGGAGGAGGCGUUUGAGAAAUGGGCCCCAGGUCACUGCACUGAGAUCAGUGCAGCCUCCCCCCCAUCUCUCCCAGCUGAGCUCCCUCUAACUCUCCAGGCAGCUGGGAAAGCCCCGCCCCUGGGAGUCUUAAGACUCCUUUCCUCAGGCCAGAAGACUCAGAAGCUGCAAAUUCUUUGGACAGAUGGCCCUGACCUCUUGCCCCUGUCCCCCUAGGUUUUAGGGCAUGACCCCAACACAUGCUCUCUAGGGCUCCUGUAAUUCAUGACUCAUUGGCUUACCCAGGCACAGCUAGAACCUUCCUUCCUCCUCUCCCAGCCCUCUGGAGUGAGCCUGAGUCCUGUCCCUGAUGGCCGGGGACCAUCUGUUGCGCUGAAGAUUGGACUUGGUGCCAUGGACAGAAAGGUUUUGGAAAAGCCGGUUCCGGAGGACGCCAGCCCCGGCCUGUCCUCCCUGGGCGCAGUCUUCAUUCUCCUAAAAUCCGCACUCGGGGCCGGCUUGCUCAACUUCCCGUGGGCCUUCCACCAGGCGGGUGGGGUGGCCCCCGCUUUUCUAGUGGAGCUGGUCUCCCUGGUCUUCCUAAUCAGCGGACUGGUUAUCCUGGGCUAUGCUGCCUCUGUCAGUGGCCAGGCCACCUACCAGGGCGUGGUUAGAGGGCUGUGCGGACCCACCAUCGGCAAGCUGUGUGAGGCCUGCUUCAUUGUCAACCUGCUCAUGAUCUCUGUGGCCUUCCUUAGGGUGAUUGGGGAUCAGCUGGAGAAAUUGUGUGACUUCCUCCUGCCCGGUGCCCCGCCAGCCCCGCAGCCCUGGUACACCGACCAGCGCUUCACUCUGACACUGCUCUCCGGGCUGGUCAUCCUGCCCCUGUCCGUCCCGCGCGAGAUUGGGUUCCAGAAAUACACGAGCAUCCUAGGCACCCUGGCCGCCUGCUACCUGGCCCUGGUCAUUGUGGCACAAUACUACCUCAGGCCCCAAGACCUCGCUGGAGAGCCCCACCUGGCCUCGAGUCCUUCUUCCUGGACCUCUGGAUUUAGCGUCUUCCCCACCAUCUGCUUUGGGUUUCAGUGUCACGAAGCCGCCGUCUCCAUCUACUGCAGCAUGCGGAACCGCGGCCUGGCGCACUGGGCCCUGGUCUCCACGCUGUCCUUGCUGGGCUGCUGCCUCGUCUACUCACUGACGGGUGUUUACGGCUUCCUGACCUUCGGGACAGAAGUUUCUGCCGACAUCCUGAUGUCCUACCCUGGCAAUGACGGGGUCAUCAUCGUCGCCCGGGUCCUCUUUGCCAUCUCCAUCGUGACCGUCUACCCCAUCGUGCUCUUCCUGGGGAGGUCGGUAAUGCAGGAUUUCUGGAGGAGGAGCUGCUGCUGCGUAUGUGGGCCCCAGGCCCUGGCCGACCCCUCGGGAACGUGGGUCCGGUUGCCAUUGACCGUCCUGUGGGUCACCGUGACACUCGCCAUGGCCCUGUUCCUGCCUGACCUCAGCGAGAUCAUCGGCAUCAUCGGGGGCAUCAGUUCCUUCUUUAUCUUCAUCUUCCCAGGUCUGUGCCUCAUCUGUGCCGUCAGCGUGGAGCCCAUGGAACCACGAGUUAAGUGCUGCUUGGAGGCCUGGGGAGUGGUCUCUGUGCUGCUCGGCACCUUCAUCUUCGGCCAGAGCACGGUGGCAGCCGUCUUGGAGCUGCUUUGAGCUGGAGGGGGUCUCCCCGGCUGCCCUGAUCCGGCUGCCUGCGUCCAGCCGUGAGACCGAUGUAAUUUCAUCAUAAAGAUGCUGGAGAAGCU